UAUCACCCUAUUUUCUAUUGUUAAUAUUGGAAAAUAUUCUAUCGAGUAUAUUAUUGGAUUUACCUAUUGUAUUAUUAUUGGCUAUUAGUUUAUUAAUUGUUGGAGGAUUAUAUUAUAAGAAACCAUCUCCUAUUGUUAGUGUAGCGUCAUCCUCAUCAACAUCAUCCUCAUUAACUAUAUAUUCAAUUGUGUCCAAUCUUGUUAUUGACAGUUUAUUCAUUUCACUUUUAUUAAUUGAAUCAAGUGGAAAUUUCUACAAAAUCCUAUUAGCAAUCAUGUAUAUUAUUACUGCCUUUGGACUUGUCAAGACACUUUCCUAUACCAUCUACUAUUCACAUACUCAAUUACUUGUCAAAUUAGCUCAAUUUUUCAUUCCAAUUAGAAUUAAUUCUGAAAUUAGACAAAUUGCUCAUGAUUUGUACAAAUUUGAUUUUAAUUCUUUGAUUGCCUAUGUAAUGACUUUAUUUUCUAUUGUAAUUAUAUUGUUACCUUUGGCAUCUGGUGGUCAGGAAUUGAAAGGAAAGUUGAUUAUUUUAUUUGGAACUAGUUUAUUACAAUUAGUUCAUUUACCACAAAUUCAACAUUAUUUACAAAAAGCAAUUUCAUUGGAUGAAUUUGUUAAAUCUAAAUUGACUAGUAUUGUUCCUGUUGGUGGUAGUACUGAACAUUCUCAACCAAAGACAAGCCAAGUAGUUUCGAAUAUUUCCUCCUCAUCUUCUGUUAAAGAAAAGGCUAAAUUAUUCGAAAAUAAUAAGGAACAACCACAACAACAACCUAUUGUUGAAAAGAAGCCAGUUAUUGUCAAGAAACCAAUUGAACAACCUUCAGCAACUAGUCAACCUGCUCAACCAAAACAAGUUUCCAAAUUGGCCUCAACUAGUACAACAUCUUCUACUAUUGAAAAGGAACAACCAACCAUUGUAAAACCUUCUACUGUAGUUGCCACUGAAUCUAUUUCUAAGAAACCAGUUGAAAAGCCUUCAAAUAAUAUUCCAACUAGUCAACCAGAAAUUUCUAAACCAAUUAUUCCAAAAGAAACAAUUCCACCAAAAGAAGAUACCAAAUUAACUAUCACACCAUCAGAAUCUUCUACUAAUGCUGCCAAUGUGAGUGGUGGUGUUAAAAUUUCCAAACUCAAUCUCUCACAACUUUCCAAUAUUCCACCUUCCACUGAUAAUGCAACUUCUGCUGAAACUCUUUCAUCUGCCAGAGAUUCUUCACGUGACAGUGGUUCUCUCUCAGCUAGACGUUCAGGUUCCUUUGUAAAUAUCAUGAAAAAUGUUCAAUCUCCAAGGGAUUCAAUGAAUUCACCUCGAAAUACUUCAGCACUUGAUGGAGUGACAAGUCCACGUGGUACUGCUUUGUUAUCACCAAGAAAUAGUAGUAAUUUCAGUCAGAUUGCUGAGAGAAUGAAACAAAAAUUGAAUUUGAAACCUAAAGUUGAAUCAAAUGGGCCAGUGGUUGAAAGUUCAUCUACUCAAUUGGGACAAACUCAAAAAUUGCAUGAAUCUCCUAAUACUAUGGACAAAUUCAAGAAGGCUAAACUGGCUCAACCUCGUAAAGAACGUACACGUGCCAAUGUCAAACAAUUACUCAAUAACGUCCAAGAAUCCAAUGAAAAUUUAAUAGAGCUACCUAAACAAGACGAUUUUGAAAAAUUAGAACAAGCAUCUAAAAAUGAAAAGAAAUUUGGACUCACCAAUCCAAUCUUUAGAUUACCUCCUCCUCAAUCAUCUAUUUUACCAUCUGCAUCCUCAACUGUUGAAGAAAAAGAAGAAAAAAAGGUUAAUCUCGAUAAGGUUAUUGGAAAAUCAAAACAACAACAAGGAAUGGGUGGAAUUGACUUACAAUCUGUAUUGAAUGCAAGAAACAAAUUAAAGAAAACAGGAGAAGAAUUGAAAUAA